CCCUCACUUCUGCCUGCCUUUCAGCUGAUGAUGCAUGUUGCAGAAUAGGCUUGGGGAGCAUCGCUAUAGCAACCGCAAACAGAAAGUCACUUCAGAGCAAACUCCGAGAGGAAAUGUGACCUGGGCCAUUACACAUCAACAAGCCCUACAAGACAACUGGAUCACUUCUAAAGGUAAUAGUAAAAUUGAGCUGGAGAGGGCAGGUGACAGAGGCAGGCAUAUAAACAAGCAUGUCGUGGUUCAGCUGGAGUGAGCCCUAUUGUCGGAGCCCUCGACGAGAGCCAUCUAUAGUGGUGACGGACACCCUGAUGUUGGAGCUGAGCUGGCAGAUGAAAGAGGCUGAGAGGCUGCACCACGAGCGGGACAACGAAUACCGGAGACUGAAGAGCGGCGUGGACUACAGCUGGCUCAUGAGCACCCCACGCAGCACAUAUGACAUCAGCCAAGGAGAAAGACUGGGCCUUGAAGACCUUUGUAGCAAAGUCCCACCAUCAUACUGUGGAUCUGUAAUACAGAGGUUUCGGCAGGUGCUGAUGGAGAAUGAACCUGAGGUGCAGGAGGUUUCUGGACUCUUCCGCUCUGCUCUUGUGGAAACACUGGAGCGUGUUCAGGAAGAGCAGGAGGCUCAGCGUCUCACCCACCAGUGGAACAACAAACGCUCCAUCAGCCUGUCACUUCUGAGCUUCAAGUCUCGUGUGCGGAUCAACCCGUUCGGCAGCACCUUGGGACUGAAAUCCAACAGUUGUGGCUCGGAGGAAGACGGCGUAGAUGUUAAGACUGUGUGUGGGGAUGUUGAGAAGGGCCUUCGUCAGACAACAGAGAAAGCACAGCGGGUCUGGAGCAUGCCAGAUUUCCGACACAAGGGAAUCAAUGGUAAAGCUUGAGUUUCAGCGUGUGGGACAGUGAAUCCCACCUCCUAAAGGGAUUGCGAUGGAUCGGGUCCAUCCGAAAGCUGAUACUCCUAGCAUCUAAUUCACUCUCAAUGUUUAUCUUUUGAUGUGUAAGUGCAAAGGCAAGAGAUAUUGAAUGCUCAGUGGUACAUAAAACCGAAGUCUUGUAAACAAAGCCCCACAGAUCAAUACAUAUACUAAAGGGACUAUAGAUAAAGAAGUCACACAUUUUAUUCUGUAUUAUUUGUCAUUUUUGUGUGAAUGACAAACAUGCAGCACAUUUUCUAAAACUGGAAACCACAUAUCUGCCUGUUCACUUCAAAUUUAGCCUGUUCCAUUCAAUUGGGAUGGUUUUGACAUAGUACUGCCCAAUGCAUAUAUUGCAUAAAAUGGGGGAAACUUGCACACAAACUCUACAACAACCAAAAAAAAAAAAAGACAAAAAAAAGAAAAGCUACGCUAACUUAUUAUCCAUGAGAAAUGCUCAUUCAAUAAAACAAAUAAAAAGCU